CCCACCCCACUUUCUAAUUGGAUUUCAUUACCAUUUCCUUUUAGUUUUUCCCAGCCAGACUCUCUGGUUGGGAGGAACAGCUUUCACUGGGAUCUCCUCGACACACUCAAACUUCAGCAGCAGCAGCUCCCAAAGACUUCACUACAUCAUCUGCCGUGAUACUGCAAUGACCUCACUCAGGCUCUUGCCCUUGCUGCACUCCCUCCUCUUCCUCCAAGUCCAUCUUUCCAGCCAGUUAGAGGACAACAAGAUCCCUCCCAGUCUGUGUACUGGUCACCCUGGUAUCCCGGGCUCUCCUGGAGUUCAUGGCAGUCCUGGGCAGCCGGGGAGAGAUGGGAGGGAUGGGAGAGAUGCUGCUCCAGGGGAGAAGGGAGAGAAGGGGAACACUGGAACCCCAGGUGAGACAGGAGUGCGAGGCCUGACCGGGGACAGAGGUGACCCAGGACAGAAGGGGGAGAGGGGGCAGCCAGGAGAGUGUGCAGUGGCCCCCAAAUCUGCCUUCAGUGUCAAAAUAUCUGAGGGCCAAACUUUACCCCUCACUGUGGGCAAUGUUGUCCACUUCGAUAAGGUCGUGAUCAACGAACAGGGGGACUACAACCCAGAGACGGGGCGCUUCACCUGCAAAGUGCCAGGGGUUUACUACUUUGCCGUCCACGCCACAGUCUACCGCGCCAGCCUCCAGUUUGACCUGAUGAAAAACGCACAUGCAGUGGCAUCUUACUUUCAGUUCUACGGCAACUGGCCCAAACCGGCAUCUCUGUCAGGCGGCACCCUUCUCCACCUCAUCCCUGGCGACCAGGUGUGGGUCCAGAUGGCUCUGUCAGAGUACAAUGGAUUUUACUCCAGCACCAAGACAGACAGCACCUUCACCGGCUUCCUGGUGUACUCAGACUGGAAAAACUCUGCUGUGUUUGCAUGACACGUGCUCAUGAACCAAACAAAGUCAUAUCCCACUUUGGGAAAUGAACCACAACCUGUUUUUUUGCCCGUUUCAGUUUUCUUAUAGAGAAGCUCUGGAUAAAGACAAGUGAACAGGCUGUGACAUGGUACAUCUGUAUUUGUGUAAUGAGUAUCAAACACACCAGACAAUGUUACUUGAAUUGCACAUACCAUACUGGUGAAGUGUGAGGUAUGCACACUGUUUAUUCAGUGUCUGUUCUUCUGUUGCAGCCUUUAAACCGCUGUGACACUUAAUUCUUGUAACAGAUGUUGUGACAACGGCCUCCAGCCAACUCCAGGCCACACAUUCAUGCAGCUUUUAUGCCAUGAUUGCACUUUUGUUUCCCGUCAAUAUCUGCACAGCGAACAUGAAAAAAAUGAACACAUCACAGUAGUAGCAUCACAGUUUUUUAAAAAACACACGGCUGAUAUAUUUUUUAACCAUUCAUACUGGAUACUGAAAAAAUAAAAGAUAACUCACAAUAA